AUGAUACUCUUACCCCCAGAUGUCGCCCUUGUCGGCCACAGCUCUCAGGAGACGGAUGCUCGACUUUCUGAAGGCUUCUCAUUGAUCACUUCGAUAUCCAACAAGAACGAGGAGAACCCUUUCAUCUUCGAUAUUUCUAUCCCAAAACUUGCCUCUGGGAUUGCAACAACCGUCGAGACGUGCGCUGCAGCAGCUGUUUUACUUGCUUCGCAGGGAUGCAGAAGCGAAGUGCGCAUGUUCGCCGCUGAACGUGGAUUCAUCGGUUCUCUUAACAUACCUGUGCGGUGGAACUUGCAUAUUGGCGACCUCACUCACCAGAUCAAGACGAAGCUGGCAGAAUCUCUCCAGGAUACGGGAGACGGGCCGAGCUUUUUGAUUGCCAUCACCGCAGACCAGGCCGGCUCGGGGACUACUCUCCUCGAUUGCCAUGCACAAGAUGGAAGAAUCACUGUCAGGGCAGUCAAUUAUGACAGCUCGGAGACGGCUCUUUCCCUGCACUUCCUGAGACAAUAUGAGUACAUCGUCAGCGAGAUGUGUCUACCACAGAGCGUGGACAAGCCACUGGUCGACUUGAAGGCUAUCGCGAUUCAGGAUCUCCAGCAGGUGUGGACAUGGAAUUCCCGAGUUCCCGCGCGUGUCGAUCUCUGCAUCCAUAAAGCAUUUAUGCGGCGAGCGCGGCAGCAUCCUGCCUUUGCCGCUGUUUCAGCUCAUGAUGGAGAACUUACGUACGGCGAGCUAGAUGAUCUCUCCACUCGUCUGGCACAUGCACUGAUCGAUGGAGGCGUCCAGGCUGGCAGCAUCGUCCUAAUCUGCAUUGAGAAAUCCAUGUGGGUCCCCGUUGCGCAGUUGGCCGUCAUGAAGUGCGGAUGCGCUUCGACGGUGCUCGAUACGUCGCUCCCGCAGCAAAGACAGCGAUCUAUUGCCGAGCUGGUCCAAGCCGAAGCGGUUUUGACAUCGCCGCAGUGUGAAGAACAAGCCGAAGCGUUAGGUCUGGACUGUAUCCGCUUUACUCUGGACAGUUCUUCGAGUGAACGCUGGCCCGACGCGCAGCCUGAUUCCCUCCCGAAAGUCAGGUCCUCCGCCUGGCUAUACAUAGUGUUUACCUCAGGAAGUACUGGGACCCCCAAGGGAGCCAUUAUCAGCCAUGCGAACUACGCCAGCGCCGUGGCCCACCAACAAAACGGCCUUGAUUUCCGGGAGUUUGACCGCGUCUUUGAUUUUGCAUCGUACGCCUUUGACGCCGCCUGGUGUAACGUAAUCCAUGCGCUGAUGGUCGGAGGCUGCCUUUGCAUUCCGUCGGAUGAAGAGCGAAAGGGAGACCUAGCCGGAGCACUGCGCAAGUACCAGGUCACCUAUGCUGUCCUUACACCCUCCGUGGCAUGGUUCCGGGCCUCCGAGCUCCCUGCAUCUCUUCGAACGUUCCAUUUCGGAGGAGAGCCGCUCAAGGCGGCGCUUGUGAAGGAAUUAUCGACCCAAGCAACGGUCAUCAACGCCUAUGGGCCUGCUGAGUGCUCGACAGUUAGUACGGCCAUUGUCGCGGACCCAGACGGCAACGAUGAUCCCACUAUCGGCACUGGUUUGGGCGCUUGUACAUGGGUCGUCAAACUAGAUGGAACAGAUCUUGUCCCUAUCGGGGAGGUCGGAGAGCUCUGGGUCGAAGGUCCCAUCGUCGGCCAGGGGUAUCUCAGAAACCCCGAGAAGACCACCACUACCUUUGUCGAGAACCCACCGUGGCUUCUCCGCGGCUGCCCCGGUCUGUCGGGUAUGAAAGGGCACGACGGACGCCAGGGAUGUCUCUACCGCACUGGAGACCUGGUCCGGUACAGACCGGAUGGCAAUCUGGAGUUUGUGGGCCGCAAGGAUUCGCAGGUCAAGAUCCGGGGCCAGCGCGUGGAGCUCGGGGAGAUCGAGUACAAUCUCCAGCGCGCCUUGACGGAUGAAGCAAGAGCCCAUAACGUGCAGAUCAUCGCCGAGGUGAUCAAGCCAGAGGGCAGCGACGUGCCCACGCUGGUCUCGUUUCUUUUUAUGGCUGUCAGCUCCGGUCUGUCGUCGGCGGAUGCGGGGCCGAUCCUGCAGCGAGCUCUAGAGGUGAUUGAAGAUCGUUUGGAGAAGCUUGUACCUCCGUACAUGGUCCCCUCCGCUUUUUUCGCGAUGAAAGAAGUGCCCAUGACGCCCACGGGGAAGGUGGACCGUCGAGGUCUACGUGAAGGAGGCAAAACGUUGUACUGGCAGCACCUGAACAAGAAUCCUUCAUCCACGCCGGAGCAAGAGGAAGAGUCCGAAGUGGAGUCGAAAAUCCGCGGCGUGUGGAGCGUGGUCCUGAAUCUGCCUCUCAGCAAGAUCGGUUUGGACGUGAAGUUUACGCGUCUUGGAGGUGACUCUAUCACGGCCAUGCAAGUGGUCUCGCGCUGCCGGUCACACAACAUUUCCAUCAAAGUCGCCGACAUUCUGAGGCUGCAGACUGUCCGGCAGGUCGCUCGUUCCAGCAGGCCCAUCCAGCAGAAAGUCAACAGGCACAUCGUUUCCGCGGAUGAAGGCAACGGCUGGCCGUUGACGCCGAUCCAGCAGAUCUUCUUCGACAAUAAUCCAAACGGCAUGAACCAUUACACCCUCAGCUACAUCGUCAAGCUGGUGAGGCAUACAACUCAUGAGGAGCUCCUUGGAGCGCUGAUGGCCCUCACAACCCGUCAUGGUAUGCUCCGCGCCCGGUUUCGCAAGCGGCCAGAGGAAUCAAACUGGGAGCAGUAUAUUGCGCCGGCAGGACCCAGCUCGUUCCUCCUACAGCAGCACGAUUAUGUAGAUCGCGCCACGAUGCAGCGUGUGGUCGACGAGCGACAGGCGGGCAUGGACCUCGUCAACGGUCCUGUCUUUGCUGUAGACGUAUUCAACAGCCCUCACGAGGCCCAAACGCUUCUGAUGAGCGCGCAUCAUGUCAUGAUGGACCUCGUUUCGUGGCGCAUCGUUUGGCAUGAGUUAAGCCAGUACCUCUCAGGGACCAAGGACAUCCCACCACCGGCGCUCUCCUUUCAGGAAUGGUGUCGCUUGCAGCGUGACGAAGGAGAGACGCUCGAUCCAGCGACUGUUCUGCCUUUUGAUGUCACUCCUGCCAAUUUCGAGUACUGGGGUGUGACGCGUGGCGAGGUGUUCUUUCGGGAUUCGAUAUUGAAUAUCUCCGUGAUUGAUGCCGAGGCCACUGCGCUGCUUCUCGGUGCCAGUAACGACAGUCUCCGGACCGAUAUUCUGGACAUCCUCGUGGGAACGCUCAUUUUCUGUUUUGCUCGGGUCUUUCCCGAUCGAAAACCACCGCCGGUGUUUCUUGAAGGUCACGGUCGUGAGCAUGUUGCCGGCAUGGACGAUUUCGACCUAUCCGAGAUCAUUGGCUGGUUUACUUCUGUUCAUCCUAUUGAGAUUGGUAGCGCGAUGGACAGCUCAAUCUUUGACUUGAUCGCCAUGGCUAAGGACAUCCGCAAUAGAGUGCCCGGGAAAGGCCGGCCGUACUUUGCCUCUCGCUUCUACAGCGCUGCAGGAAGAAAGGCGUUCGAAGGGCACCAGCACGUCGAGCUCAUUUUCAACUAUCGAGGGUUGUUCCAGCAGCUCGAGGAUGACCAUUCUAUCUUCAAGCUUGAAGACAGGCAGGAUCGCAACUUGUUCAUUCCCGGUGACGGACCGGAUUACCUGCGGCCGUCCCUCAUCGACAUGAACCUCGUCGUACAGGAAGGGGAAUUACAGGUUUGGACACGAUCCCAUCGCCAUAUGCGUGACCACGAUGCCGUUCUUCGUUGGAUGGACCUGUACGCAAAGAAUCUCAACAGCGUUGCGCAUGAACUCGCCAGCUUAUCGCCCCGUUUCACGCUUGCGGAUUUCCAGUUGCUCGAUAUCUCGUACGCAGGGCUGGAGACGCUGCUGAAGGACCAGCUAGAGAGCGAGGGAAUCCAGAACUCAGAUAUACGGGACAUCUAUCCCUGUACACCGAUGCAGGAGGGAAUCCUGAUUAGCUCCAACAUCGGCGCAGCCUCCUACCACAGCGCAGUAAUCUGGCAGGCCACCUCGACCGGCUCAGCAGUCAGCAUCCCUCGUAUGGCGGCAGCGUGGGGGAGAAUCGCGAGCAUGCAUCCGGUGUUCUCAACUGUCUUCUCGACUAAUCCUGAAACCGGCCGGUUUGUCCAGGUCGUCCUGGGCAGCCCCAAUGAGGCGUCUAUCUGCGAAGCUGCUGAUUCCAAGUCUGCUGUGGAGCAGCUGCAGCAGAUGCAAAGUCCGCAAGCAUCACCAUCGCAGCCACAAUGCUUCUUUACGCUAUGUGUGGAUCAGGAAGGCGAAGUUGCAUGCCGGCUGGACAUUACUCACGCGCUCAUGGAUGCCCUGUCCUUGCCUGUAAUCGUACAAGAUCUGGAAAGGGCUUACUCUGGACGAGCCUUGUCUCCGUGCACCCCUUUGCGCGAUUAUAUUGAGCAUAUUCAUCGUACACCAGCUUCUAAUCGCCUGUCAUACUGGAAGAAAUACCUCGCGGGCGUCAACCCUUGUGAUAUGCCCGGAGAUCUUGUGUCGCCUCAUUCGAGUCAGCGUAACAGUCAGUAUGGGUGGAUCACCCUCCCGUCUGCUGUCACGGCCCCUAUCGCCAAAAUCUGCCAGGACAAAGGGAUGACCCGCUCCGCAUUCCUUCACCUGGCGUGGUCCCUCGUGUUGUCACGUUUCACCGGAAUGCGGCAGGUCUGCUUCGGCUAUAUUUCGUCUGGCCGUGACGCUGCGGUUGACGGCAUCGAGAAUAUUGUCGGGCCCUUGAUCAACAUGCUGAUUGCCCGCGUGGAUCUGCAGCAGCCCGCGUUCAGGGUGAUGGACAGCAUCAACAAGUACACUAUCGAGCAUCUGGAGACUCAACACGUCUCGCUCGCCGAGGUGCAACACGAGAUCUCUUCGAAUCGGCUUUUUAACACGAAUAUCACAGUUCGUGAAGCUCGAGGAGGGGCUGGCGCAGCUGAUAGAGGCAUGCACUUGGUAGAAAUAUCUGAGGAGGACCCGCAUGAAUACGACAUGGUCCUCGCUGCCACUCUCAACAAGAACGACACCGAAGUCAGCAUCCAAUAUCGAACAGACUUUGCCAGCUUGCCCCAUGCGCAAGAAAUCCAGACUGCUUUACAAAAGGCCAUCGAAUUUCUCGAGUCUGUUGCGCAGGACACACCUGCUGCUGCCGAAUCGGAUCCGCGGUUCUGUGACUCACUCUACGACGCUUACUUUUACCAUACGGUUGGCACCGAUGAAGGGUCCGCCAUCACCCAAUGGAUAGCCCUGUUUGAUGGCAUGGAUGCUGCCUGCCACUUCCCUCCUCCUCUACCCAGUGCGACUCACCGGCCCUGCGCCAAUGCCUCGGCUUCGUAUACGAUCCAGGAUAUGCAAUGGCGAAACGACUGUGAUGCCACAACACAGCUCUUCGCGUCAUGGGCUCUUCUGCAAACAUCAUACGGGAAUUCUGCCGAUAUCUUGGUCGGGACUCGUGGAUCAACGGGCGGUGCAACGCCCAUGCCCAGACGAAUCCACGUUGCUCUCAAUCAGAGCGUGUCGUCGUACCUGAACUCAGUCCAGUCAAUCAUUGCAACGUGCUCGAAACUGCCACCCCUCUCUAUACACCGGCUGCGUGCUCUUAGCGCAGAGUUAGCACUGGCUUGCGACUUCCAAACUGUCCUGGAGGUUGGCGGAGAUUCUGUGCAGGGCGACGGACAAAUUACAGAUGGUGACUCCCAUGAGGGUCGAGCGCUUUCCAUACAAUUUGCCGUCAGGGCUUCCGGGGCUCAGGUUAAGGCCAAGUUUGAUGAGCAAUUGAUCAGCACCGAGCAAGUGAAAAGGCUCUUCUGCCAGUUGGAAGGAGUGCUCCGCCAAAUGGGCUCAUCAGUUCAUUCCACGUUGCCCCUCGCUGAGAUCGAUACCAUUAGCGCGGAGGAUCUUCGAGCCAUCACAGUAUGGAAUGGGACGCCGUUUGAGAACGUUCAAGGCCUUGUCCACGAUCUCAUUUCUGAUACAGUCAGGGCCAUUCCAGAUUCCCCGGCCAUUUCCUCCUGGGACGGAGAGCUCACCUAUCGCCAGCUGGAUCUUCUGUCCACGCGUCUGGCCCACUGGUUGAUCCAGCUCGGCGUCGGGCCCGAGGUCAUUGUGCCUCUCUACUUUGAAAAGUCCAUGUGGAUGCCCGUGUCCGCGGUAGCCGUUCUGAAGGCGGGCGGGGCGGGCGUGAUGAUCGACUGCACACAGCCCAUCGAGCGCGCAUGUAGCAUAGUCGAUCAGGUCCAUGCCAAAUUCGUCAUCACAUUACCAAAUAACGUGGAGCGGGCAAGUCAGUUUGAAGGCCUGCAGCUCCUGGUCGUCGAUCAAGCCUCUGUGGAUGCCCUGCCGGAUCCAGAGGGAGGGCUUUCUCUGCCCAACCCGGUGCUUCCGUCGAACCUGGUCUACGUCUCUUUCACAUCCGGCAGUACAGGCAAGCCCAAGGGGGCGAUGAUCACGCAUUCAUGCUUUACAUCCGCUAUCCGGAACCAGCAGCGUGCUCACGGCUUUGGGCCUGGUCAACGAGUCUACGAUUUCGCCUCCUACGCUUUCGACGUCAGCUGGUCGAAUCUGCUGCAUUCCCUCACGUCCGGCAGCUGUCUGUGCAUUCCAUCUGAGUAUCAGCGAAGCAACGCGCUCUCAGAUUCGAUCCGAGACAGCAAAGCGACGCUGAUUAACGCAACGCCGUCUAUUCUUCGGCACCUGGAUCCCAAAGACCUUCCGGAUCUCGAGCAAAUCUUGAUGGGCGGAGAAGCCUGGUCCGAAGCAGACUUUGGAGACUGGAUCGACAGCAAGAAACUGAUGAACAGCUACGGUCCCGGGGAAUCUACCGUUAAGGCUUGCAUCAUUCGCGCGGCCCGGGGCAUGGUUCCUAACACGAUCGGUAGGGGAAUCGGCCUACAUACGUGGAUCGUGAGAACCGACGGCUCCGAUAGACUUGCGCCCCUGGGUUCCGUGGGAGAGCUGUGGCUCGAGGGUCCCCAGGUUGCGCUUGGUUAUAUCGGAGACGAGGCAAAGACAGCAGCUGCGUUCGUGACAAGGUCCAAGUGGACAGUUCCGGGCCAGCAAUGCCGUUUCUACCGGACCGGGGAUUUGGUGCGUUACCAACCUGACGGAGACCUGGUCUUCGUCGGCCGCAGGGACUCGCAAGUAAAAAUCCGUGGCCAACGGACCGAACUGGGAGAGAUCGAGUACGGCAUUCGGCGCGCCCUGCUUGCAGGCGAUCUGCCGGCUCAGAUCGUCGCCGAUGUAUUCAAACCGCACAAUAGCGAGAAUCACGUUCUAGUCGCGUUCAUCAAGGCCGAUGAGGGCGAGACUGACCCCUGGCGCAAGCUUAUGGGGCUGGACGAGCGUCUCGCCAAACUUGUCCCUGAGUACAUGAUUCCCACUGCCUACAUUCACGUCCAGCAAUUUCCUAUGACGGCAACAGGCAAGGUCCACCGCCGCUCUCUGCGCGAGAUCUACGCGAAAAAGACACUAGAGCAGCUGGUCGCCCUGGACGCCCUUCGCGUCUCUGGCCAGCGCGCCCCCAGCACUGCGUCGGAGAAGAUCCUCCGGGAUCUCUGGGUUGAGAUACUGAAUAUCGAUCCGGACGCAAUCUCGGCCGACGAUAGCUUUUUCCGCAUAGGGGGUGAUUCUCUGGGCGCUAUGCGGUUGGUCGGCGCGGCGAGGAAAGCAGGCCUUGCGCUCAGCGUCGCGGAGAUUUUCAUGCAUCCAAAGCUCAGUGCGCUCGCAAAGGUCCUAGAAGUGCAAAAGCCGACGCUGCACCAGGCCGAUUACUCCGUUGAGCCUUUCUGCCUCCUGGACAGGCAGGCACUUCCAGAAGACCCGCAGAGUCAUGUUGCUCAUCUCUGUGGCCUAGAGCCUGAUGAUAUUGAAGACGUUUUCCCAUGCACACCUUUGCAGGCGGGACUGCUGGCCGAAACAGUCCGAUGCCCCGGUGAUAACAUCUUGACUGAGUCUUGGGCGUUGAGAGAUGAUGUCGACGUUUCCCGUCUUCGUGCUGCAUGGCAGAAGGUUGUUUGCGCACACCCGAUUCUGCGGACGAGGAUUGUUGAUCUCGGUCAGCAAGGCCUGGUGCAGGUCAUCAUCCGUUAUGAAAGCUGCGAGACCCCAGGAUUAUCAGCACAGGACUUUGGCCUCGGUACGCCAUUGAUCAUCUAUGAGAUUUCCGAGUCUCAUUUCUUAUUGUCCAUCCACCACGCUCUCUACGAUGGAUGGUCGAUGCCGCUUGUUUUUGACGCCCUGCUCAGGAGUUACCAGUUCAAAUCAAUCCAAGAUGCUCCACCCUUCCAGGCCUUUAUCAGGUAUGCCACCCAGUGCAGCCAGACCGAGGCGGAGGAGUUCUGGAGAGAUCAGUUCCGUGAUUGCGAUGCCCAAAACUUUCCCGUCCUCCCAUCGAAGGCCUACCGGCCAAGAUGUGAUGAGCACUUCGAGGUCGAGAUCAAGGAUGUAAUCUUGGAUGGAGAUUACACAGCAGCGACAAAUAUUCGACUUGCCUGGGCCAUCUUACUGUCGACGGUCACCAAUUCCGCAGAUGCAUCUUUCGGCGCCACCGUGUCCGGCAGACAAGCAGAUGUUUCUGGAAUUGAGAACAUGACGGGACCGACAAUUGCCACGGUGCCGUUGCGAGUGGCCGUUGAUCGCUCAAAGACAGUGAGGGAAUUGCUUCAGCAAGUGCAGCUUCAAGCUGCAGAGAUGAUGCCAUUUGAACAAGUAGGCAUCCAGCGCAUCCGGCGUCUCUCCGAGGAGUGCAACCUUGGAUGCGAGUUCCAAUCACUUAUGGUGAUUCAGCACGAAAGCUCGCACGACGUCAAGGGAGCUCUGUUCAAGACUGAUGUUGCCCCAUUUGAAGCUGGUGACGUAAAUCAUUUCAAACUGUAUGCGAUUUGCCUUGAGUUUGUCCUCAAGCCCAACAGCAUCUGCUUUCGCGCCGAUUACGACUCCACUGUCGUGUCUCAAAGUCGAUUCCACAGACUUGCGAGCCGAUUCGAAAACGUUUUAAGGCAGCUUUCCUCGCCUGAUGUCUGGGACAAGCCUGUCUUUCAGCUCGAUACCAGCAGCCAGGCGGAUCUGCACCAAAUCUGGAGUUGGAAUCGCGCCGUUCCCGAGAGAUCCGACCAAACAGUCCACGGGAUUUUCGGACAAGUCGCUGCAAGGCAGCCUCGAGCUCCGGCCAUCUGCGCAUGGGACGGAGACUUCACCUACGGACAGGUGGAUGAGAUGUCCACAUGCAUUGCCAAGGAGCUGCUCGGAGCCGGUCUUCCGCAGAGCGGCCAACGCAUCGUCCCCCUGUUCUUCGAGAAGUCAAAAUGGAUGCCCGUCUGUCAGAUCGCAGUCAUGAAAGCCAGCGGCACAUCGGUAGCUCUCGAUACCACGCUUCCUGACGGCCGGCUGCAGACGGUCAUGGACUUGGUCCAGCCCCAGAUAAUCCUUGCUUCAGCUGAGCAGGAAUACCGAGCACGAGACCUGGCUCCGACUGCACGGGUCAUCGUCGUGAGUGAUAUGCGGAAGCCUACUUCCAACCUCCUUGAAUAUCCACAUCUGCCGAUUGUGGACCCGGAUACUUGGCUCUAUGUGGUCUUCACUUCAGGGUCGACGGGCACUCCCAAGGGCGCGAUCAUCAGCCACUCCAACUUUACCAGUGCGCUCAAAUACGGCAAGACCGCGCUUAAUUUUGGGCCCGAGACUCGUGCGUAUGACUUUGUGUCGUAUGCUUUCGACGUAUCCUGGCUCAACGUGCUGUAUACCCUGUGCGCAGGGGGCUGUCUAUGUGUCCCAUCUCAUUAUGAGAUUCAGAAUGAGCCUAGGGAGGCUAUUGCACGCAGACAGGCAAAUACCGCGUUUAUUACUCCAACAGUCGGCAAGCUACUGCGCGGAGCAGAUCUUAAAAUACUCAACUAUGGUGGUGAGAAUCUACCGCGCGACGAGAUCAACCACUGGAGAGACCGCGCUGAAAUCAUCCAUUCAUACGGUCCAUCCGAAUGCACGCCGAUUGCGAUUUCCCACAUUCUUGAUCCUGCGCGCAGCCCCGUGAUUAUCGGCAAGGCUCUUGGGGCACGGUCGUGGAUUGUCGAACCAGAGCACGGCAAGUCGUUGGCGGCGGUAGGCGACGUCGGCGAGCUCUGGAUUGAAGGGCCUAUCGUUGGUCAGGGUUAUCUGAACGACCCGCAGAGAACAGCAGCAUCCUUCGUACAGAAUCCAGAAUGGCUCACGCAGUCCUGCCCCGGUUUCGUUGGCCGCCAUGGACGGAUGUAUCGCACGGGCGACCUGGUUCGAUACGAAGAAGAUGGCAACCUGCAGUUCAUUGGACGGAAGGACGCCCAAAUCAAGAUCCGCGGACAGCGUGUGGAACUGGAAGAAAUCGAGCAUCAUAUCCACGAUGUUGUCGGGCACACGGCAGCAUCCCAGGUAGUCGUGGAUAUCAUCAAACUCGCUGACACUGGGCCUGCCCUGGUAGCCUUCAUCAAGCUCUCGGAUAAGAGAGUUGUGGCUGGCUCACCAGAAGCGCAAUCGUACGCACGGCAGCUUGCUGUUACUGUCAAGCCUCGCCUUUUAGCCUCAAUACCCCGAUACAUGAUCCCAAACGCCUAUACGGUUGUGGACAGCAUUCCCAACACGACAUCCGGAAAAGUUGACCGUGGCAAGCUGCGCCAAGCUGCAUCGGCCAUGGCGAAGGCGGAUCUCCUCCAGGCAGAAAGUGUCGCAAGACGUGCUCCGGAAACACCAGAGGAGACGAAGCUCCAUGCUCUUGUUGCACAUGUGCUUUCUUGGGACGGCGAGUCCUUUGGCAUGGACAAUAAUUUCAUGCAGCUGGGUGGUGACUCCAUCAGUGCCAUGAGAUUAGCCUCCCUGUCCCGUAAGGCAGGAAUAUUUCUGACCGUCACGGAUAUCCUGACCAAAGACCGGAUUGUAGACCUUCUCGUGACAACUCAGCAGGCUCGCCCCGAAGAGGCAAGCGAACACCCGCGCUUCACCUUGCUGGAUGUUCCAGAUGCGCAAACCUUUGUCGAGGAAGAAGUGAUGGCACAGAUUGAGCCUGGUUGUGGCGGUCAGCUUGUUGACGUCCUACCGGCGACAGAUAUGCAGUCUACAUAUCUCCGGAACAAUCUCCAUUCACCCCGGCGAUCCUGGCUCUACAGUUAUAUCGACUUUGCCCAGAUUCCUGAAGAGGGUCGUCUUGUCCAUAGCCUUGAGAAACUGGUGGAAGUCUGCGAGAUCUAUCGGACGGCUUUUGUUCGCUCCGGUGAUGCCUUCUUCCAAGCCGUGUUUGAUUCCUGGAAGCCAACCAUCGACAUUGUCCAUGGCGUUGAAUGCGUGGAAUCUGCAUUCUACGAGUAUGUAGCAGAAGACGUGAAAGCACCGGCCUCUCUGGGGGCGCCGCUGGUGCAAUUCAAGCUCAUCCGCGGACAAAACGCAACAUCGAAACUCGUCUUCGACAUGUCGCACGCUGUCUAUGACGCGAUCAGCAUGGAUCAAACGCUCCAGACGCUGGCUGAUGUCUACAAGGGCAUUGGCUCGAAUCGGGCGAUCAAGGGCUUCCAUAGCUACGUACACCACAUUAACUCGUCCAAGCAGAACAGCUACGCCUAUUGGCGCAAGACAUUGCAGAACUCUUCGAUGACCAUAGUACCAUGCACUUCAUCAGCUCCCGCGCUCGACGGACCGCCCACCGUGCUUAUUCGGUCUGUCCCCUUACCCAAACCCCCCGCCGGCAUCACACAGGCCACCCUCUUCACGCUCGCCUGCGCCUCCACACUGAGCCGCCUCACCAACUCCACAGACGUAGUCUUCGGUCGUGUCGUCUCCGGCCGUGCAACCCUCCCCACUGCUCUCCAGAACGUGAUCGGCCCCUGUCUAAACCGGCUGCCUGUGCGCGUCCAGUUCACACGUCCGCAGACCAAGACCGAGCGCCUCAUCGCCCUCCAAAAGCAGCAGGCCGAGAGUCUUGCAUACGAGACGACCGGCCUUUCAGAGAUUGCCAGAAACUGUACCGACUGGCCUUACGACACGCGAGAAUUUGGCUGCUGGAUCCAGUAUCAGAAUGUGGACGAGGAGCCCGUGCUCGCUCUACCGGGUGCCGUGGGCGGGCUACGGAGCAGGCCGAUGUGGGAGAUUCCCGUCGCAGCGGACUUUUUGGAGGUCUUCGCUGUUCCAAGCCGCGAGGGAAUGCUGACAGUGAAGCUCAUUUCGGGUCCUGGUUAUGCAAACGAUGUGAUGACUGAGUUUCUUGAGGGGGUAUGUGCGGAGCUGGAAGACACAUCUGGUGAGGUCGAAAUUACGAUGGGUUUAGAGUAG